UAUUUCGCGAAUCCGCAAGGUGGACGGUGUGUGGACUUGCCUUUAUAUUUAUUAAGGUGUUUUGUGACUUGUGUUUUUAUUAUUUAUGUGGCGUUUGAGAAGGGUCUAAUUAAUAGGUUAAUUUGUUGAAUUUCUCUCGGAAAAUUUUUCAGAAAACAAAAUGGCGUUUUUAUCAAGAUGGCUGCUGUUGACAGCGUGUCUAGUCACCAUUAUAAGAGGCGAUGACAUUGACAGAGCGGCAAGGAAGGAUGUCGUGAUAAAGUUAUUGAGGGAGAUGGUGAAUCAAACUAAAGCUGAUACGCUUAACUUGCCAGCGAAUGCUUCAUCUAUAAGAGAAAAUAUCACAGACACGUUUAGCUGCGAGAACCGAACCUAUGGCUACUAUGCUGACGUGGACAACGACUGCCAAGUUUUCCACGUGUGUCUGACGUCACAGGGGGCUACGGGGCGCAACACUACGUAUAGAUGGAGCUUCAUUUGUCCCAAUGAGACCAUUUUCAAUCAGGAAGUCCUGACCUGCACCAGACCACGCGACUCCAUUGACUGCGAAGACUCACCUAUGUUCUACCACCUGAACAUGGAAAUUGGCAAGGAAACCAAUGAUACUGAACAAAACGAACUCAACAAACCUACUGACGACAAAAAUGAAUCCAAACAACCAGAGAACAAACCUCAAAGAAGAAGACCGGUGAAGAAACAGAACCUGAUCGUUGAUGAACUAAUGAAAGAAGUAAAAAAGGAAAAUAUUCUAGCUGAAGAAUUAGAUGAAGAACUUAUCCCAGUUGUUGAAGAAACAGAGAAAGUAGAAGAUCUUGACAAUAAUGCAGAACUAGAAAGACAACAGGAGAAGAUUCAAGAGGCACAAAAUGUAGAAGAUAAGAGUACAGAGAAGAAGGAAGUAGAAGAAACAAGGCCAGUAGUACAAGAAGUCGAUGCAGAAUAUGUUAUGAAAGGGAAAAGAAUGGAGAACGCAAGACUUAGUGCUGAGAGAAGUUUGAGAAGAGGAAGGAAGAUCAAUAGAGGCAGUUAUAGGUUUCAGUCUGGCCAUUAAGUAAUUCCGUAAAUAAAGUAA